AUGAACAACACAACCGAAGAAUGUAUGAGCCCGAGCUAUGCUAUGCGGCAUGUCUUUCACAUCGAAGAUUUGACCGAGUGAGUUCUUGGGGGUGACAAUUUAAAAAUUUAAAAAAUAUUGCGGGCAGUGGGGUUUAAACCAAAAACCUUUCGCUUCUAAAACAGAGCCUCUACCACUGAGCCACGCGUGUCGCAUUCAACCCCGGGGGAAAUUGUGUACACAAUAAAACUGUUCUGUGUUUUGCUCAAGGCUUGUCCCAAAUGUCACUCGAUCACUUCAUCAUUUUCACAUAAACAUCGAGACCUUUUUCUCCCAAGAGCACAAAAAUGUCGUAUUUUUUGCCCGCCAAAUCAAUAUUGUCAGUUGUUGAUUUGGCAUCAAGACAGGUGUCGGUGGAUCGAGAGAGAGAUAUCUGUCAUGUUCUUUUUGACAUAAAUACAUUUCAGUGGUUCAUUUGAUUUUCCGGUGGUUGAUGUGAGAAAUUAGAUAGAUAGAAGUGCAAACAUCAAAAAACUGAAAAAAAAUGUCAAGCGAACAAGUGCGCUCUAAUGAACACAACUAUUUUAAUAUUAAAAUUUUGAAAAAUUAUUUUUUUUCGCGUGACAUUCCCAGCAUUUUUAGGGUUCCCAACUCAUUUCCAAAAUUUCAGACACCUAUCGAUCCGCCUUCUCUUCAUCCUCUGCUACAUCCUCUUAUUCGUAGUCGGUCUAAUCGGAAAUGGCGGAGUCAUCUGGACAGUGGCUCAAAAUAAACGUCUCCAAUCGGCCAGAAACGUGUUCCUGCUGAAUCUCAUCUUCACCGAUCUGGUGCUCGUGUUCACCGCAAUUCCGAUAACUCCAAUCUAUGCGCUGUCGAAGACGUGGAUUUUUGGCGAACUGAUUUGUCAUCUACUACCGUUGCCCAACUCUUGCUCGGUUUUUGUGACGAGUUGGAGUUUGGCAGCGAUUGCGUUGGAUAAAUUUAUGCAUAUUAUUGAUCCGACAAAAUCGCCGGUUUCAGUGAGUUUGAACUUUUUGAGUGGGAAAUUUUCCGGAAAAAAAAGAUCAGAGCAGACUUGGCCACUUUGCGGAAGCUUACUGAUUAGGCUAAGGCUCAGGCAUGUUAGACUCAAACUAAGGUGAGGUUGAGGCUAGGCUAAUGUUAAGCUAAUGUGAAGCUAAGGUUUGGCUAAUGUUAGGCUUGAGUUAGGCUUAGUAAGGCUUAGGUUAGAUUUAGAUUAGGCUCAGGCUAAAGUGAGGCUCAGGUUAGGCUCAGAUUAGGCUCAGAUUAGGCCUAACUGCUGAAGCUGAAAAUCUCCACGUGGAUUGUCAUUUUUUUUAAACAAAAAUCAAUUUCUAAUUUAAUUUCCAGAUCCGUCAAGCUCUCGCCAUCACAACAUUUAUCUGGUCAGCCUCAACUUUCAUCAAUCUUCCCCUCGUUUUUUCCUACAAUCAUGUCAGUGGCGAAUUCUACCGUAAUCACACUGGCAAUAACAUCCCAUUCUGUGGCUAUUUUUGCGACGAAACCAACUGGAAUUCAAUAUAUUCGAGAAGAGCUUAUGGAACAAGUGUCAUGAUUUUGCAAUUCGUCAUUCCAAUGAUCGUUAUCACCUAUUGUUAUUUCAAAAUUCUGCAAAAAGUCAGCAAAGAUAUGAUCAUUCAAAAUGCGCAGUUUUGUCAAUCGCUGACGCAAAAACAGAGAAGUGAUGCGACGACGCGGAAGAAGAAGGUGAAUUAUAUUUUGAUUGCGAUGGUUGUUACGUUUAUUGGAUGCUGGUUUCCGUUGACGUUGGUGAAUUUGUUGAAGGAUUUUGGUGAGUUUUUAGGAUUGGGGUGAAGAGCUUCUAAAUCUAGAAGCCGUUCGGAUCAUACAAUUUUGUUUGAUCUCCAAAAUUUUUCCAGACAUCAGUUUCGACUUCAUCGCUCAACAACCCUUCUUCUCCUCCCUCAUUGCUCAUAUUAUAGCAAUGUCAAUAGUUGUCUGGAAUCCAAUUCUCUUCUUCUGGCUAACCAGAAAACAAAAACGUUCGGGUCUUUCGAAAAUCCUAAAUUCCACCGAGGUAAGCUUUUUCAUCUAGACUUCUUCUAAGUUCCACGUUAAUGGUUAUGUUUGGACGAAUGAAUGUCUCCCCUUUGUUCUCCUCUCCCACUUCUACUUCUACAGUAGUCGUUUCUCUUUUGUAGAUUGUUGCAUCGUUUGCGAAUCGCUUGAGUAAUUCGGUGAGGAGAUCCACGUUGCGAAGACACGAGAGGAAAAUUGAUCGGUAAGGGUUUCUUGUAAAUCUGUGGCCUAGAAAUCCAUCUCUAGGCCAUGGCUUUGUAUAAAACUAUGUAGAAUCUGUCUUUUGGUUUUUGUCGCUUCUAUGUCAAGCACAUUUGGUUAGACUUCUUCUCUCUACUAACAUGUCAAAAUUUAGUUUCUUUAACUCGUUUUUCUGUGUAGAAAUCGAUAUGACACGUACGUGGAAUGUUUUAGUUGAGAUGACGUAACUCUUCUUGAAGUUUUGUGAACAUUUGGAACAAAAACCUAGAUUUUCAAAAAAUAAGAUCUCACAGUACUUUUUGCCACGUGGCUUUGCAAACUGUUAUUUUUUAAAUUUUUAGCCAGUUUCGAAUUUAUUGAUUUUUUUGGAGUUUCGUUAUAUUUUUUCCACGUGGAUUUUCGAAAAAUUGAAUUCAAAUUAUUUUUUGCCACGUGGCGUUUCCAACAGCUUUUUCUGAAUUUUGGAAAUUGUGAAUUUCGAAAAAAAAAACCUUCAGUAAUUUCAGUGAAUUUCAAAAAAAAACCUACAGUUACUUUUGCCACGUUGCAUUUGGAACAUUUUUUUUUGAAUUUUGGAAAUUGUGAAUUUAAAAAAAAAAACCUACAGUGUCCUUUGCCACGUGGAAUUUCUAAUGAGGUUUUGGAUUCUGAAAAAUUUGAAAUUCAAUUCUUCAAAAACCUACAGUAACUUUUUCCACGUGGAUUUCUGGUGAAUAUAAUAAUUUUCCAAAUUUGAUCUAAUUUUUAAUUUUUAAUAAAUCAGAAUUCCAAAUUAAUAAAUUUUUCAAUUCCAAAUUUAAAAAUUGUAACUAACAUACAGUAACCUUGACCAAAACUACAGUAAUCUCAGUAAAAAUCUAAUUUUUGCAGAGCUCGAAGAAAACAGGUGGUACUGGAUUCCGAGGGAUCCAGCUACACGACUUGCUCCCGUCCGCUUCUAAUCCGCCAAGAUCUUCAACAGACGCUUUCUAAUGGCUCGAGUUGUACCACCGAUAUGCUGUAA